AUGAUGAAGACUGCCCUUGCCAGACUAACCGCUCUAUUCUCGAUUGCCUGCUGGCUAAUAGUCAUCCCAGGAGCGCUGGCGCAGAACGAUGCGGAUGAAAGUGACAACGCCUCCCCGUCUCUAGAAGCCGAAGGAUCACCAGUAACGCUCUACGCAUUUGGUUUCCCAGCGCCUUCCGUUCCUGGGGACACCCUUCCCGACCCCACCCGUCCUCCUCUCGUCGUCCCCUAUAUCCGGAUCCCGAUGGCUGAAGAGGCUUACAGCCCGAUCGCUGUAGACGCGGAGGGUGCGACGUACUAUCGCGGCAUCGAAGGUCGUGCUGCGGCGAAUAUUGAAACUUAUUCUGGGAAGAGUAUGGGGUGGCAUACUGGCAACCAAGCAACCACGUAUACAUAUACGUUCCGUGCCCAUGCAUCCAGAAUCUACAGGGAAUAUAAAACCGAUGGCACAGGUCCUCUGGGAGGCAAAGCCGACGUACAGAUCGUCGAUGAUUGCGUGCACAAUGCUGGUGGUAGCAGUGUAUCGGAGGAGGAGAGGGAGAUUGUGUGCAGUGCGCAGGUGGUCAUUGCUGAGAAGGUGAAGGGUGGGACGACCUUGGUCACGUUGGCGCAUACGGUUACGGGGACGCCCAGUCCUUUGGCGACUUUGACGAAUGCGCAGAAUUUAGCGUUGCCUACGGAGACUGGGUGGGAGUUUGGGACUGCGAGAGGGAGGGGUGUGGGGGUGGGAUCGUUUGUGGCUGUUGGACUUGCUGCUAUGGUACUUGGGCUUUUGUAA